AUGGGACGCGGUCAAAAAAGCGAAAAAGCAGGAUUGCAGGGGGUUUUCGAAAACUCCAAUGAGGUUUUCCUACUAGCCAUGUUUGAUGAACAUGGACAGCAGUUGGAGUGUCCAAGUCUCCCUUUAGGACCCGCACCUUCCACUAAGCCAGCACAAGUAAAUCCGCCGUUACCAGUGUCACCAUCUUUUUCGCGAAAUCUUCGUCCAGAAGUGGUCGUUGUCGUUGAGCGGUUAGAUAAGGAGAACGGCAACUAG